AUGCCGCUAAUCGCCGCCGCCGCCGCCUCUGCGGUCGCGCCGCCCCCACCCCGGCGAGUGGCUCCCCUCCGCUCCCUCAGCACUCGCAAACCCGGAAUCAUCCUAGCCCUAACUGUCACCAGCUGCUCCCUCUCCCCUCCGCCCCCGGUCGUCGCCGCGGAGGCGCCUGAGCCGCCGCCGCAGGAAGCGAAGCCGAAGCCGCGGCGGUACCCGAAGCAGUACCCCGGCGAGUCGGUGGGCGUCGCCGAGGAGAUGCGCUUCGUCGCCAUGCGCCUGCGCAACCCCAAGCGCACCACCAUAAAGGACAAGGCGGGGACGGAGAACGCGGGGGCGGGGGCGGGGGCGGGGGCGUCGGAGGACGAGGAGGAGGAGGACGACGGCAGCGGCGUGAAGGAGGAGCACGAGAAGGAGGAGGAGGGCGAACUCGAGGCAGGGGAGUGGAUGCCCAGCAGGGAGGGGUUCGUGCGCUACCUGGUGGACAGCAAGCUCGUCUUCGGAACCAUCGAGCGGGUCGUCGCCGAGUCCACCGACGUCGCCUAUGUUUACUUCAGGAAAACUGGUUUGGAGCGUUCAGCUAGCAUUUCAAAAGAUUUGGAGUGGUUCAGAAAACAAGGGAUUGCAAUCCCAGAGCCAAGUACUUCGGGAUUAACUUAUGCAGGUUAUCUGACUGAACUGGCUGAGAGCAACGCUCCUGCAUUCCUCUCCCAUUAUUACAAUAUCUAUUUUGCACAUAUAACUGGAGGUAUGGCAAUAGGCAAUAAGAUCUGCAAGAAAAUUCUUGAAGGAAGGGAGCUGGAGUUCUACAAGUGGGAUACUGAUGCUGAACUUCUACUAAAAGAUGCCAGGGAGAAGCUGAAUGAGCUCAGCAAGCACUGGACCCGCAAGGACAGGAACUUGUGCUUGAAAGAAGCUGCAAAAUGCUUCCAGUACUUGGGAAAGAUGGUCCGGUUAAUCAUCUUAUGA